AUGGGUAAAGACUACUAUAAAACUCUUGGCAUUGCAAAAGGUGCUAAUGAUGAUGAAAUAAAAAAAGCAUACAGAAAAUUAGCCUUAAAGUAUCAUCCUGACAAGAAUAAGGCGCCUGGAGCGGAGGAAAAAUUUAAAGAAAUAGCUGAAGCGUAUGAAGUACUGUCAGACACAAAGAAGCGUGAAGUUUACGAUAAAUUUGGCGAGGAAGGAUUGAAAGGCGGUGCUUCAUCUGGUGGCGGUGGCGGUGGUGCUGAAACAUACACUUUCCACGGAGAUCCACGUGCGACAUUUGCUCAAUUUUUCGGUUCAUCAUCACCAUUUGCUACAUUCUUCGAAUUUGGACCUGGUGGCAAUAGCAGAACAUUUGCUUUUGGGAAUGAUGACAUGGACAUGGAAGAUCCGUUUGAUUUGAGAAUGUCUGGUGCACGACAGGGUGGCGGGCAAGGAGCAUUCAGAUCACAUUCAUUCAACUUUGCCGGUCCAGGUGGUGGAAGAAUGACCAAUCAAAAAGAUCACGCUCAAGACCCACCAAUAGAACACGACCUUUACGUCACUUUGGAAGAUAUUGCACGUGGUUGUGCGAAAAAAAUGAAGAUAUCAAGGAGGGUAAUUCAACCAGACGGAUCAACAAAGAAAGAAGAUAAAGUACUUACAAUCAAUGUUAAGCCUGGUUGGAAAGCAGGAACUAAAAUCACGUUUCAAAAAGAAGGUGAUCAAGGUCGUGGUAAAGUACCAGCUGACAUUGUCUUUAUUAUUCGCGACAAACCUCAUCCCUACUUCAGAAGAGAAGGAAGUGACAUCAGGUACACCUGUAAGCUAAGUUUAAAACAAGCUUUGUGCGGUACAAUCGUUGAAGUACCGACGUUAUUCGGCGAAAAAAAGACGCUUAAUCUUAAUGAUGAAAUCGUUAAACCAAAUAUGGUCAAACGAAUCCAAGGCCAAGGACUACCAUUCCCGAAAGAACCAUCAAGAAAAGGAGAUUUACUCGUUUCAUUUGAUAUUAAAUUUCCUGAUAAAUUAUCACAAAGCAUCAAAGACAUAUUGUAUGACACUCUACCUAAUUG